UAUAAAAAGAAUAACAAAUUUUAAUGUUCAGUGGAAAGGAUGGGUUGUUGCUGGACUUGGGCAGUGGGGAUCCUUAGAGAUGUGCGAGCCGGGAAGGAACGUGCUUAUGGCUGGGGGAUAGAGAUCCCUGGGGGCCACAGACCCCUCAGGGCAGGCUGGCAGCAGAGGGGCAGGAGGAUGGGGUUUGGAGGACAGAAGCCCUCCCCCCAGCCCCAGCUGCUGGCCUUGGCUCAGUCCUGGGGAGCUGAUUACAGGCUCUUCUUGGUGGGUGGAGAGAACAGGCUGCUCUUGGGGGGUCAGAGGGCGAGGCUGGAUUAGGAAGGCAAGGCCAUGCAGCUGGGUCCAACAUCAGUAGGGGCCAGGCUAGUCCCCUCCACAUCUGCUGGAAAGAUUAGGAGAGUGACAGAGACAGAGAGAGAUAGAGAAGGAGAGAGAAAGGCCAAGACUCAGGGGGAGACAGACAAGCAAGGGAGAGACAGAGACAGAGAUCUCUACGCCUACUCUCCUAGCCUAGGUAAAGCUGCCUGCUUUGGUGAAAGGGGGACGGGAUGGCUCUGGGCUCAAGCAGGAAAGGAUUUUUCAGCUCAGGGUCUCCCCUGAGUUGGGUUGAGUAACCGUCCUCUCUGCCUUAGUUUCCCUCCUUGGUAAAACAGGGUCAUAAGGCUUCCUGAGCUCAUACCCGGCAGAUGCUGCACGAUUGCAGCCGGCUUCAUUCUGGGUCCCCCAGACCCUGCCCAGCCCAAGGAGGCCAAUGCGGGAGAGGCAGAGCCGACCAACACUCCAGCCCCAGGGCAUACCCAGCCUCCUGUGGUCUUGGGCAAGUGUGGCGUCCCCUCUCUGAGCUUCAAUUUUCCUUCUUUGUACAAUAAUAAGGACAAGAAGAUUCUGGGCUUGGUGGUUUUUUUAGCAGAGGUACUGGGGAUUGAACCCAGGACCUUGUGCAUGCUAAGCAUGCUCUCUACCACACUCUACCAUUGAGCUAGACUCUUCCCCUGAAGACAACAAGAUUCUGUAGUGUUUUUUUGUUUUUGUUUUGGGGGAGGGAGGAGGUAAUUAGGCUUAUUUAUUUUUAUAUUUAAUGAAGGUACUGGGGAUUGAACCCAGGACCUCUCGCAUGCUAGGCACACAUUUUACCACUGAGCUAUACCUCAACUCCUACAAGAUUCUGAAUGUCCCUGGUCUCAGCUGGCUGCCUGCCUGCCUGCCUUCCACCAGCAUCCUGUGGAAUGAUUAUUUCUCAGUUCAUUUCUUUCACUUCUUUACAAUGGUUAAAAAAAAAAAAAAGACUCCUCAACCAGUGGUCCCCUGGGAGAGAUGUGCCCAAGGAAGGAGGAGAAACCAUGGUGGUUUUGCGCUCAUUUCAGCCUCUCUAUAACCAGUGUUGUGGCUGGAUCAGCUCUUGGAGUUCUUAUUAUGACUGCAAGAUGCCCUUCAGCAACAACCAACAGGAAACUUGGAGAAAAUCAAAAUGUAUUACGUACAGGACGUGGAAAUUAGACAGCACACCUGGGGCCACAGAACCAGGUCACAGGUAGAGAGAGCAUUAUGGGCUUGGGGUCCUGCUUUUAUUAGGGUCAAAAGUGAGGGCCUCGUGCUCCCCAGACUCAAUCUUUAUUGGUGAACUUAUUUAAGAAAAGUUUUUGGAGGGGAGGUAAUUAGGUUUAUACAUUUAUUUUUUAAAUGGAGGUACUAGGGAUUGAACCCAGGACCUCAUGCAUGCUAAGAAUGCGCUCUACCACUGAGCUAUAACCUCCCCUGCCACUGGGGAAUUUAAAUGUGAGAAUGGGGAUUUAAAACACAAGGAGAGGAAAAAUCAAGUGGUGAGUUAUGGAAAUCAACCAAGAUGUCUGAAACAAAGGCAGCUGAGUUGAAGAAGGUGGCCUGGCUCUGUGUAGUGACAUUGGAGGGCCAUCUUUGAAGCUAAUGCCCCAGCAAUCAAAGCUUAAGUCAGGCACUCCUUUUACAAGAAAGAGAAAACCCAACUAUCAGGGGUUCCCUGACCCUGCCCUUGGCCUUGUCCCUGGGCCAUCUUCGAGAAUGCUUUGUCCCUUCCCCAAGGCCCCCAGCUGGGGCGGGCUGGGCUCCUAUAACAGGGGGAUCCUCACUGGGGCCGGGCACCUCCCGCCGCCAUGGACCCCUGCCGGCUCUCCUGGGCGCUGGUGCUGCUGGGCCCGGCCCUGGCGCUUGCCCUGGGCCCUGCGCCCGCCCAGGAGGCCCCCGAGAAGCUGUGCGGCCACCACUUCGUGCGCGCGCUGGUGCGGCUCUGCGGGGGCCCGCGCUGGUCCCCCGAGGACGGGCAACCUGUGGCUGGUGGCGACCGUGAGCUGCUACGGUGGCUGGAAGGAAAACAUCUCCUCCAUGGGCUGGUGGCCAAUGGGGACCCCAUGCUGAUACUCGCCUCACCGCCCCUGCCCCAGGCCUCUCACCAUCACCACCACCGCCGCCAGGCAGCUGCCACCAACCCUGCCCGCCACUGCUGCCUCAGUGGCUGCACCCGGCAAGACCUGCUGGCCCUCUGUCCCCACUGAACCCUCCUGGGGCGUGGCUUUGGAGGCACCUGAGACCUAAAGGAGUCUGGUCUGGCAAGCUCCUGAUGCCGCAUAACACCAUGAAGCACCAUGUCUGGGAGGAGGUUGUUGGUUACCUCUCAAACAAGGUGCUCACCACCUCCCCAGGCUGCCUGUCCUCUCUGGGGCCAACUUGGAGGAUCCUUGGGUUUUUGGAGACGCCAGAUACCAAAGUUCAAACAUUCUCACCUCAGAGGAGCCCCAAGUGCCCCGCUCCCUUGCAUUUGUUGACACCCCAUUUGCUGUCUCCUCCAUAGUAAAUAAAUAAGAUGCCUGCAGAAUCCAAA